AUGGCAUCUAGAUCUCCUCCUUCCUCAGAUGUUGAUCCGUCUAACUCUAAUCAGAUGUUGAAUGCGAAUACCAUUGCGUUACAAAAUUUGGAAGCUGCCAGAGUAUCGGCUGAGAAUGCUAGAGUAUCAUCUGAGAAUACUCAAAGACAGUUUGUGGAAGUGUUGACUAAUGGUAGGACCACUCCAGGUGUUCCUCCCUUCACUAUUCCAGUCCAAGAGUGGAGUUUGGAGAACUUUCUUCAGCAUCACCCUGCAAGAUUCACAGGAAAAUGCAGUCCGGAUGAAGCUGACCAUUGGUUCAGGGAUAUGGAGAGGAUAUUUGAAGCUAAAGGAUGUCCUGAUGAGAGGAAAUUGGCUUAUACUCAAUAUCUGCUGACCGGAGAAGCUAGCCAUUGGUGGAGCAGCAUGAAGAUGAUCCUUGAGAGGAGUGGGACUCCUAUUACUUGGGAGUUGUUUAGAGUCAAAUUCUAUGCUGAGUACUUCCCUGACAGUGUGAGAUUUGCAAAGGAAGUAGAAUUUCUGGAACUGGUACAGGGCAACAAGUCAGUGUCAGAAUAUGCAGAUCGUUUCAAACAUUUACUUCGUUUCAACACUAUGGCAGUAGAUGAAGAAUGGCAAUGCAGAAAGUUUGAGAAUGGUUUGAGGAAUGAUCUCAAGCUACUUUUAAAAGGGUUACGUAUCAGAGAGUUCCCUACUUUAGUGGAGAUGUCCCGUGAUCUAGAGAAGACAAAGAAAGAAUCUGAGGGACAGCAGAGUCAGCCUGUGAGGACUGGGGGACCAUCUGGAUCUCGUGGUGGAUUUAUCACUAGGAAGACCCCUUAUGCUAGACCAUCUUUUUCUUCUGGGUCUAGAGGUUCAUCUUAUCAGCCAUCAGUGUAG